ACAGACUGUCAAAAUGCCUCCUCGCAAGUUCGACAAGAAGAAUGCGACCACGUUCGCCCUGGUCCACCGUGCCCAAAACGACCCUCUCAUCAACGAUGCCGACGCUCCGAACAUGGUCUUCGCCGAAUUGAGAGGCCCCCAGUAUGCAAAGAACAGACGCAAGAUCAAGGAGCGUGGCGACCUGGAAGAUGAGUUCGGAACAGAAUACAAGCCCAACGAGGGCGAGGCCGCCGAGCACGGCGUUUACUUCGACGAUACCCAGUACGAUUACAUGCAACAUUUGCGCGACCUGGGCUCUGGAGGUGGUGCGGCCACUUGGGUCGAAGCUCCCUCAGCCAAGAACAAGAAUAAGGGAAAGAUGAGCCUGGAAGACGCCCUUCGCGGCAUGGACGUCAAGGACGACGACUUGCAGAGUUACGGAGGAGAGAGUGUCGCUUCAUCAAGAAGUCUGAUGCCCGAUGACAUGCUGCCCAGCGACUUUGUCCGCAAGACCACCUACCAGGACAUGCAAAACGUACCCGAUGCUAUUGCUGGCUUCCAGCCCGACAUGGACCCUCGCCUGCGUGAAGCCCUCGAGGCCCUGGAGGACGAGGCUUACGUUGAUGAUGAGGACGACUUCUUCGGCGAACUCACAGGCGACGCUGAGGAGCUCGACCGUGAUGACUUUGAGGAUCUCCAAUUCGAUGAGGAAGAGGGCAACGCUUAUGUCGACGACGACGAUGAAGGCUGGCAAUCAGACGACACUAUCAAGGCUGGAGAAGGAAAGGGCGAGAACCUACCACCACCUGCAGACACCGCCGCUCCUCCACCAUCAGAUCCGAGCGAGGGUGCCUGGAUGGAAGAGUUCACCAAGUUCAAGCAAGACGUCAAGGCUGCCAAAGCCCUGCCUAAGAAGCCUGUUCAGGCAGCUCCUUCAGAAAUACAAUCUGUCAACACCGGUCUAUCUUCUCUGGCAUCAGGUCGCCGCAAGAAGCGCAAGGGUGCUAUGACCUCAACCUCUGGCUACUCCAUGUCCUCUUCCGCUCUCGUUCGCACAGACGCUCAAAGUCUGCUAGACCAGAGAUUCGACAAGAUCGAAGAAGCUUACGCCGAAGACGACUUUGACGAUUACGGUUCCCAAUUCGAUGAUGCAGAGUCCAUGGCUUCUGGCAUGACUGGAAUGUCUCACGCUUCAGCCAUCAGCUCUUACUCACGAGCCACCGAUUCAGAAGCACCCAACCUCGUCCGCACCGAUUUCGACAGUAUCAUGGACGGUUUCCUUGCUGGUCACUCUCGCGCCGGCAACCGUGGUCGUCACAUCAAGAAGUCAGGAUUCCAGACUGGUAUGGAGCAGCUUGAUGAGAUCCGCUUCGGACUGGGUCCUGCUCGUCUAGGCAAGUCUGCUCGUGCUCAAAGCAAUCGUCAUCAAUAGUCGGCUCUGCACAACUUGAUCUUGUUACUUGUUAGCGUGGCGUUUGGGAAAAGGUAUGGACCACAAAAAGGGACCAUAAGCGUAGCAUCAUCUAUAUCACGAUACAACAUGUCAAUUCAAUUGUCUAGAAGCUACAGAUUGAGCCUUAGAACGAAUGAGGAGUGC